AAGGAAAGUUGAAGAGUACAAGAAGAAAAGCAAGCAAAAGCGAUGGCGGUCUUGUUCUCGUCCUGGUGUCUCGGUGUCACACUGGCGCUGGUUUGUGGUUCGUCGUGGCCCCAGGUGCACUCAGCCCUGGCCCCCGAGAAUGAAGUGCCCCUUCGCCCAACUACAUGGCUACCGGAAGGAAAGAUCACCACGAUUACACUCCCAAAAGGACGAACCCGCAGAUUGUACUUCACGCUGAAGAAGGCGGCUCCGGCGAUGUCGGUGACGGUCAGCCCCUGCGACCCCCCCAUCGAGUGGAGCCUGGCCGCCCGCACUCUGAAGGACAAACCCCUCAAAAGCCUGCAGUGGAGCACAAAGAAGAGCAUGCCUGAGGUGUGGUGGCGAGGACCAGGAACUGAGAAGAGACUACACAGUUUUUCCGGAAACGCAGUGGACACCUACAGGGGUCCCUCCUAUCCUCACACCUCUGUCUACAUCCUGAGGCUCCGCUCCAAACAGAAGAACACCAGAGCCACAGUGUACCUCCACGAGGGCCAGGCUCCCUCCGGCGCCUUCCCCCUGCUGCCAGCUGACCCGCGAGUUCACACUCUCGGCGUGGGCAUGACCAGCGUCACCCUCAGCUGGGCGCCCAGCGCCUCCGUCGUCGGCCUCCCGCAGGCGGAGAACGCCUACGAUUACUGCGUCCUCGUCAACUCCCGGCAGAACUACCCCAGCCUGUGCGCCGCCCGAGAGAGCGCCGGGAAAGAAGGAGGCCAGGACGAGGAGAAGAGGGAGCGGCGGAGGAGGGUGACGGUCUGGCCGAUACUGAAAGAGUGGUGGUGGCAGCAGUGGGACAGGUACCCUGAGAGUACGCCGUCGACCCUCGCCGAUGAGUACGCCGACCUCCAGUGUGCGUGUCAGGGCACGGAGAGCGUUUGCACCGUAUCUGAGCUCCUGCCCGACACCCAGUAUUACUUCGACGUCUUUGUGAUCGACAGGUUGAACGGGACUAGCGCGGCGUACAAAGGGACGCACGCCCACACGCACGAGGAGGCUCGACCCGCAAUCACAACGCUCAGAGAGGGUGAGCUGAGGUGGGUGACCUUCAGCGACAGGGGCUCCAACGCCCAGCAGUUCUUCAGUUUCAAUCCCCGGGGCUCGCAGCAGAGCGGCCUCCUCACCUUGCAGAGCUGCGGAGCGGGUGAAAAGGUCAAGGUCACCGUGUCCAGUAAAGGUCAGGUGUUGAACUCUCAGGCUGUGGGGGGAGAUUUGGUUCACGUCUGGCUCCAGGGAAGUCCGUCCUAUCUCAUUCACUUGCAGAGAGAUGGUACCACCACUGGGCCAGACCCGGCUCUGACUGGAGGUUUGAUGGCUUCGGUCAAAAUGCAGACUUCAUCGGCCUACCACCGCAGAGGAGUCCCCUCUCUGCCCUCCACCUUACAGAUAAAGUCCUUCAACCGGCUGCGCGGUUGCAACAGUGUCACUCUGGCCUGGAUGGGCACGGAGGAAAGAAGCCUGUACUGUGUGUACCGCAGAAAACUUGGCAACGGUGAGGCAGAGGCGGGGGGAGUCUCCGCUCUAACUGCACCCUGUCUGGGGCCAGAGUCGCGCUCUGACACCGAGAGAGUUCUCUGUAAGUAUUUCCAAGAGCUGAACCCUCGACGGGCCGUCACUACAGCUGUGAUCGGGGGCCUGGAGCCAGGAGUGGCCUAUGUGUUUGAUGUGUAUCUAAUGAGACGCUGGGGGAUCCCUAUCAAGUACGCCAGCAAGAUGGUGAAGACCAGAAAGGAAUGCUGAGCUGCCGCCCCCUAGAGGAGGUCUUCAAACUGUCCCAGUUUAGGGGAAAAUGCAUCAGCCAUGGACAUGCUGUAAAGACUGACCAAGAGAACGAAGCCAUUUGACUGUUGUGGAGAUACUGUUACCAUAACAAGGGAUUUAUCCCUCUGGAUGAGCAAUGGUUUCAUUCAAACUCCACUUGCACUAAGGAUGCAAAUGGGUGGAAGGCAUACGAGAAGGAUCUGCACACCAGCAAACAUUCAUAACAUUUACAACUCUUGUGCUUUUGUCAGUUUGUUUUUCAUUGUUAAUCAUGAUAAUGAUGUGCCAGUUGUCCAAGUGCUUAUUUCAUGUCUGAGUACAAAGGACAGAUGAGGUUUGCGAUGACAGAGAGUCAAU